GGUGGCUCUGUAUUAAUGUUGUGUUCUCUAGUAUUUCCUUCACUUUUUUAUCUUUUUUUGAAUGCUGCAGAAAUUAAAUCAAACGAAAAACCAAUUAAAUAUAAAAUAAACAACAAUGGAUUAAAUAUAAAUAAACAGGGGGAAGAAGAGGGGGAGGAAGAAGAAGAUUGGGAAAUUGCUAAUUGGAAAGAUGUUGUUGAAAGAACUGAUAAAUUAACUUUAUUUGGUUAUAUUUUUAUUAUUAUUUUUGGAAUAUGUGGAGGUUUAGCAGCAACAUAUUCAGCAAUUCGUUCACUUUCUGUUACCCAUUUUGUCCCUCCCUGUUAUUUAUCUUCAAUAGCUAAUGGGAAAGAACCAAAUGCUGGGGGACAUGUUAAUUGUUGUGGAAAAUAUCAAAAUAUUUCUGUUUUUGGUUUACAAGAAGAAUAUUGUUCUCCUUCUAAUUUAGAUUUUUAUUCUUAA